AUGGGUGAGGGAGGAUUGCAAAUAAUCUCGAAGAAGCAGAAGUUGAACAGUCGAAGUUCAACAGAAGCCAAAUUGAUUGGUGUUGAUGAUGCUGCGACACAGAUAUUGUGGACAAAAUUGUUUGUGGAAGCACAAGGUUAUCCUGUUGAAGAGAACAUCCUAUACCAGGAUAACAAGAGUUCUAUUCUAUUGGAAAAGAAUGGACGUGAUAGUGCCGGAAAGCGAAGCCGAGCUUUGAACAUUCGAUAUUUCUUUAUGACUGAUCAAGUCAAGAAAGGAAAUGUGACUAUUGAAUAUUGUCCAACUGAAAAGAUGUGGGGAGAUUUCAUGAGCAAACCUCUACAGGGACAUUGA